AUGAACCGCAAGAAGCUGCAGAAGUUGACGGACACCUUAACUAAAAAUUGCAAGCAUUUUAAUACAUUUGAAGUGAAUUAUCUUAUAAAGUUAUUUUAUAACUUGGUGGGAGAAGGCGUAGAGCGGCAAGGAACAGCCAUUGGACUAGAUCGCAAUGCAUUUCGAAACAUCCUGCACAUGACAUUUGGAAUGACUGAUGACAUGAUAAUGGACAGAGUAUUCCGAGGUUUUGAUAAAGACAACGACGGCUGUGUAAAUGUAACAGAGUGGAUUAAUGGAUUAUCACUGUUUCUUCGAGGAUCUUUGGAAGAAAAAAUGAAAUAUUGCUUUGAAGUAUUUGAUUUGAAUGGUGAUGGAUUCAUUUCAAAGGAGGAAAUGUUUCACAUGUUGAAGAACAGCCUUCUCAAACAGCCAUCUGAAGAAGACCCUGAUGAAGGAAUUAAAGAUUUGGUCGAAAUAACACUUAAGAAAAUGGAUCGUGACCAUGACGGGAAGCUGUCUUUUGCAGACUAUGAACAAGCUGUGAGAGAAGAGACCCUUCUGCUGGAAGCUUUUGGACCAUGUCUACCUGAUCCAAAGAGCCAGAUGGAAUUCGAAGCCCAAGUAUUCAAAGAUCCAAAUGACUUCAAUGAUAUGUGAACAUUUCUGUAUUGUCUCAAGUAA